AUGAGACAAGCUCGAAGACUCGUGCGUCGUGCGGCCAGCGUGGCUGCACAGAGCCGUGAGGCUGUCGAGCCAUCAUUUGUUUUCAACUCGGAGAACUUUCAACGUCCUACUUUGCCAGCAGGUCUUCGCAUUCGGGAGAUUUCCCGGGAGAUUGCUACAGAUGCGUCCCUCGCAGGUUUGGGCAGGUUGGUUCAUCGACCGGAGGAUUUCACAGUGGAGGCAAAAACUUUUGAGAUCACCCAGUGGCCUCAACCGGGCUGGCGCCCUUUGGAUCCUGGUACCGGGGAUGAGGCAGGAACAACGGAAGGCGACUUCGAGGUGAAGUGGAAGGGUGAUUAUUUCUAUGGCCAGAAUCUGGCCAUUGCAACAACCAACAACAAGUACCUGGAUGGCCUGGGUGCUUUGUCAUCGGGGGGAAGGACUUCUGACAGCGCAGCACUGCGUGUGGGGGGGGCAUCCUUGGGAAAAAAGUAA